GUUGUUGGAGCAGUAUAAGUGAAUGGAGCGUACGGACGUUGUUGUUGGCGUGACUAAUCUUUUUAAAGAGUUCUGCUUUCUCGCACAUAAGUACAUUUUAUUUGGUUUUGCUUCUGGACUUUGUAGAAACCAUUGUGACUGGAUUGGUGUGGGUGUGUUUAGUUACAUGUCUACCAGCUUGCAGUUCCUUGGAACUACACUUGGCGUUCUCGGCUGGCUGGGCAUCAUCAUAUCAUGUGCCCUUCCUCUAUGGCGUGUGACUGCUUUUAUUGGGACCAACAUUGUGACGGCGCAGAUUAUGUGGGAAGGGCUGUGGAUGAGCUGUGUAGUGCAGAGCACUGGCCAAAUGCAGUGCAAAGUGUACGACUCCAUGCUGGCUCUUCCUCAAGACCUACAGGCCUCUCGAGCAAUCCUUAUCAUUGCUUCCCUUGUUGGUUUAAUAGCAAUACUUGCCAGUUUUGCAGGUGGUAAAUGUACUAACUGCUUGCCAGAUGGUUUCGCGAAGGCCCGGGUUGCUGUAGCAGGAGGUGCCGCCUUUGUCACUGCGGGGGUCUUGGGUUUGGUGCCAUCUAGUUGGACUGCCCAUCAGGUCAUUGGGGACUUUUACAAUCCUCUAGUGGCCCAUGCUCAGAAGAGGGAGUUGGGAGCAGCUAUCUUUAUCUGUUGGGGGGCAGCAGUUCUCAUGCUGAUUGGUGGAGGACUCCUCUGCAGCUCUUGCCCAAAAGGAAGAACGUCCCGUGGGGGGCGGUAUAUGGCAGCUUCUCAAAAUAGAAGGGAGCGCUUGGAGUAUGUGUGACUGCAGGAUGUUUGACACUUCUGAGAACUGAUUUGUGGAUGGGUUUUUAAGUGUGUUAUCUUUGUAAAUGUGUGUUUGUGGCUAAAUUUAAAAUUUUUUUUUUUUGUGACCAGAAUUUCAACCGGUUGCGGAAUUGCUGUCAGUUGAGCUAAUAAAAUAAAAAUUGUAUCCAA